CUCGUUUGUUCUGGCAACACCGUUACCUACUUUGCAAAUAUGGCGUAGAGUUGUACAAAAUGCAGUGGGAGAUAUUUGUUAAAACUUGUCAAUUCUGAAAUUUAUUAAAAAGACAUGUAUCUAGCAUAAGACACUUUCGAUCGACUAUAGUGUGCUAGACCGAGUAUUAAUAGUGAAAUGUGAAUUUUACGCAAUGGCACAAGAUUUCUCUACUCACUAAAAGCAAGCAGGUUGUGUAAUAUUUUAACGUCCUUUCCGAAAUAUAAACAGACAGCAAAAUGGGAAAACAAAAUAGUAAAUUAAAACCAGAGGUUCUGGAAGAUCUGAAGCAGAAUACAGAGUUCUCAGAUGCUGAGAUACAAGAAUGGUACAAAGGCUUCCUUAAAGAUUGCCCCAGUGGACAUUUGUCUGUAGAAGAAUUUAAGAAAAUAUACGGGAACUUUUUUCCGUAUGGCGACGCUAGUAAGUUCGCGGAGCAUGUGUUCCGGACAUUUGAUGCUAAUGGAGACGGCACGAUAGACUUUCGGGAGUUUCUGUGUGCGCUGAGCGUGACGUCACGCGGCAAGCUUGAACAGAAACUCAAGUGGGCAUUCUCCAUGUAUGACCUUGAUGGCAACGGGUACAUCUCCCGGCAGGAGAUGCUCGAAAUUGUCACUGCAAUUUACAAAAUGGUCGGGUCUGUUAUGAAGAUGCCCGAGGACGAGUCGACGCCAGAGAAGCGAACCGACAAAAUAUUCCGACAAAUGGACAGAAACAAAGACGGGAAACUUUCCCUCGAAGAGUUCAUAGAGGGCGCCAAGAGCGACCCGUCCAUCGUACGGCUGCUGCAGUGCGACCCACAAUCACAGUGAUACCUUAAAUGUUAAUCUUAGUACUCAAUGAGUACCACUCAGUUUAUCCACACUUAUAUAAAACUGUUGUAAAAUAUCACCCUUAUUACAAUGCUUGUAAGAGCUAGUGCGCGUCGUAAAGCGUUGGUUACACAUUAAAUCAGUUUGUUGUCCUGUUGCUUGGCUGUUCUAUCCUCUCACUAUUAUUAUAAAUUUCAAAUAUAAUAAUAGUAUUAGAGUUUGUUAAAAUAUAAAUAGAUAUACUCUGUGAUUCUUGUUCACACCCAACUUAAUAGGAACGAAAAACACAUAAAUGAAGAUCCAAUGUUGAGACAUUACAAAUUGGGAUAUUGAGGACGUAUACUUAUGACAGAGUACCUUAUUAUCCCGCCAUGGUUGUGACAAGAAAUUUACAGAAAGUACGACUUAUUAAAUGAGAUAUAAAUAUGUAUUUACAAAAGCAGAGUAGAACAUUAGUACAAAAAUUAGAGUAAAAGUUGAAAUAAAUUAUACUAUUUAUAUAGCAUCUUUUUAAAGAGAAGGGAUGCUUAUAAGUAUGAACAAAUCGAAGGAACGCAGCAAUAAUUCCAAAGAUAGUAGCAUAUAUUAUGGUAAGAUAGGUCUAUGAAGAAAUCACGAAUAUUUUAUAUGAUGUAGUAGGAUAACGAUCUAUUUACAAAGUCAGUAAUUAAUCGAGGCAAAGCAACGUCACGACCACACUAAACGACAGUGAAUAUAUUGGAUGACCUUGAAGGGUUUAAUAUUUCUAUUGCUACAACAACCAAACAGCAGGACAAGUUAUGUGCGACUGUAAUGUGUAUAGUGUUCAAAGAUUUUUCCCAUUAAUACUAGUUAGGUUAAAACACAUUAUCUGCCCACAAACGUUUUGCGGCUUUUUCGUAUAAGCGGGCUCGCGAGGGACUACUAAUGUCGGGCUCCUCACGUUCUGUCUGAACGGAGAACUGGCGGCGACACCUCGGUGUAGCUACUUGCAUAGCAUUACUUAGCGCUCCCUCCCCAUUCUCUAAAAAAUAUUAGCAGUACAAUGUUGCUAUCUGUCUGUGUACAGGAACAUUCUAUUAUCCAAGGAACAUUGCCUAGGUAAUAUUCCUUGGCUGGAUACAGAUGUUAUAUAGGUAUUUAUAAAAAUAACAGAAUAUCAUUACAAGCGAUAUCGAAAUUAAAUCGAAAUAUAGCAUAAAACGCAUCUCCAUAUCUCACUUGCCCGCUUAUAUCGCGUAUAAAUUUUUAUCCAAAUAUCUCCCUAUAUUAUCGAAAAUAAUUUAUUAUAUCUACAAUUAUUGAAUGUUGCAAUAAUCACAACGUGGGUGUAAUAUGAAAUUUUCGGAUUUUAUUAAAUCUUAAUGAUUCAAUUUAACUUUAAAUGCCACAAUUGACUUUAUAUUUGAAAUUAAAAUAUGUCUUUAAGUACAUCUGUUAACAAUAUUCUAAAGUAUUAUUUGACAGAGAAUGUAUCAUAACCGUAUCUAGUUGAAAAACGAUGUAGAUAACUGAUGUUUGUUAAAAAUACUUUGACGUUCUUGAGUCAAACCUUGAGAGUAUAAUGCGAGAGUAGCUGGUUUCGCGCAGGGCACAGAAAACACAGUAUUUAAUGUUUAAAUUUGUAUUAGUUAAACGCUGUUGUUAUUGCGCAUCAAUGACAUUGAUUAUGUAGAUGUAAUUAGUUUGGGUUGAGCGCGAAUGUGGCCUUAGGACAGGAUACAAGCCCUGUACGUUAGCAGCUACGUCGCAUAGCGUUUGGCAGUAAGGUUGUACGGCUGUCUUCUCACUGCUAGUGCAUAUGAUGACGCUUAUCUUGGCCUGAUAACUUGUGGGGAAUGAUAGUCAGUUGCCGAUCUGAGAAUAUAUACUACGAUCACUAAUUAAACGUUAAACACAAAAGGUCCUUCAAUGCAAUGAUUGUGGCUUCUAUCGUUUGUUAGCGAGCAAUAAAGUGGUGGCCUAUCCGAGUAUGUUUUCUCAUAUUUGCACCUGUUUGUGCAGAUAUAAUGCAUGCCUUAAAAUAUUCUAAAUCUAAUUAUUUUAUUUUUUAGUGAGCAACCAUGCUAGCAUUGAAAAGACAGCGUUUUAUAGCACAAUUUUAGGAAGACAUUUACGCAACAAUCGACACAGACAAGUACGAUAAUAUACAGUUAUUAUUAAUUUAUAUUAUAAUGAAUAUUCAUGCUGGUUUAUUCGCGUAGCUGAUAUUAUUAAGGUUUAGUUUUAAUGAAUGAAGAAAUAUGAAAAUUCAUAACUAUUGUCCCGAGUCAGCCUAAGUAUUAUUCAAUUACUUUAAAGCAAAAUGAAGUGUAGAUAAAUAUCUUUUUAUUCGCAUUUUUAAGGGCAACGUCAGGGGCGUUUGUGUCUCUGUCAUGUAACCAAGUAAGUGGGCAGCCCAUGCUUGUGUUGCAUGAGGUUGAGAUAAAUAAGCAAUCGUAUGUUUGAAACUUUGUAGCAAUCACAAUGUUUACAUUAAAAUAUAGGAAAUAUUGUAUUCUGUUCAAGAGGAAUCUAUUGAUGAAGGUAUUGUGGCAAGACUGCUAUUACUUGUUAUGAUAUAAUAGUAGAUAUAUAUUAGAGGCUCCGCCCCCGUUAGCUGCGGUCUUUCUACGAAAGCCCAGAACCAAAAGCUCGGUGACGCUUCGACUGAAAUAACUAAUUUGUUUGCGCAGUCAGAGCAUCUGCAGACGAACGCUCCGCCGCUGGGAUACCGCCUUUAUGUUGAAUGUUGUAUAAUGUAAUAUGUAGAAGUAAAAGAGAAUAUUGAGAAUAAGCAAUAUACCAGACUGAAUAUACUAAUGGAUUACAUGUCCACGCAUUGUUGGCUUCGUUCUAAUUACAAGUGAAAGCAAUAUAGUCCUCUAAGGUAGAAACCUUUGCGGAUUGCGUGCGCAAUUGAUUCGUCCUGCGCUUCAGGCAAGCCAACAUAAUACCAGCAUACGCCGUUGUACCUGCAACAUGGGUACCCCUACUGAUUGUGAAACCUCGUCUUCCAGACAGAAUUAUCUUUUGUCAUGUCAAAUCUCAGCGGUGGAGCAAAUCGUCUGAAAUAAUAUGCCCAAUAUUAACGCAUUAUUGGUAUACAUUUAUUCGUAGUUAUGGAUCUGUAAUAUUAUGAUAGGAAUACAUAUUCAAAUACAUAUUAAAAUGAUUUAAAAUAUUUAUCACGCAUCACAAAUGAUUAUAUGAAUUUAAAUGUUAAGCAAGCGCUAAUCUAAGAAACGUGUUUUUAGAUUAGCACUUGCUCUCUGCCCCUGUAUCACAUUAGUUGAGGUAAUGAUUUUGAAAUGAAUGCAAUUUGUGCAAUUUUGUUCUUAAUUGUCUAUGUAGUUUUUAUAACAACAGUCGAUGUUUGCUUGAAUAUCUCGAGGCUUAAGAUGGCCAUAAUCUCAGUUCGAAUAUCAGUGGUUAAACAGUAUUCUUUAUACAUAUUUGUAGCGGCAGUGUGCGUCGUGCGCUUUGUUAUAAUAACUACAUACAUGUAGUGAGCCACACAAUACAUAAUGUAUAAUUAUUUGUAUUUUUCUUUUAUAUAAUUUGAUUUUUGCAAUGUAUCGCCAUUUGACUAACGCAUAUGUUUGACUGUAGUAUUAUUUGUUUUACUAAAACACAACUAACACUAACGUGUACACGCUUGUUUAUUAUUUAUUUAAGUAGUUGUAUGACGCAUCAAUUCUCAUUUUAUAUAUUAUACAAUGCAAGUUUGUUUGACCGACAUUUUAUUUUGCUUCUGUAGCUAGCUAGUUUAUUGAACGGAAUAUCGAAUCAAAUGCACAAUUAUUUUGUUUUCGCACAACAACAGCAUAAUGUACGUAUCAAUAUAUUAUUGUUAUUAAUGUGUAUUUAUUGUGGAAUUGAUGACAUAUUGGAACCCUUUGAGUGUUCGUGUGUUCGUACCUUUUCACAUGAAUAUAUUCACCAAUUCGCCAGUGCUUAUGAUGUAUUAUAACAUAUUUUAUAUUAUACAAUAUAUUAUAUAGUAUUUACUGUUUGUCGUUCAACACUAUACGUAGAGUUUAUUUUAUAUUACGUCAAAUGUACCAUGUUGACUUACACUACACCGAUUACAUGUUAUAUCCUAAAGUCUUCUAUAAUAUUAUAUGAAACAGUGUCUGAAACUUUACAAAUAUUAUAGUGUCGUGUACUUUUAUAUUCUCAGUAAGUUUACAUAUCUGUUAUAUAAAAUCGAUGUUCAAUUAAGUGUCGUAGUGUAAAAGAUCCGUAAAAUAUAUCGAACCUGGACAAAUAAAAGAAAAUAAUAUUUUUAAUAUAUAAUUUUUUGAUUGUGUACAGAUUAUUAGGUGUUCGGUCGAAUUUUAUAUCUGUGUCAUUUUUGGUAAUAAGAUAAUUAAAUUCUAAACAUGAACGGUAUGUACAUCAUCCUGAAUGAAGCCUUUUAUUCUAAGUGUUUAAAAUGGAAUUAACGUUGUAUUUUGAAUUAGAAUUUAGCAAAUAGAUGUUUAUAAGAGUUAUUUAUAAUAUUCUUUGUUUCUCCACUCAGACACCAGACGUUUCUAUGCAUUUUCUCGUCUUCUCUACAUACUUCCUGACUGUGCAGUUGAUUCUAUAAUCAGUUUCAUAAUUUCGGUCUGAAUUUGCUUUAGACAUUCAUGAUGAGGUGGUUUGCUGCACAUUAGCUUUAAAAUUAUAAUAUUUGUAUGUUCAAACAUCACAACAAAAUGCAAUGGUUGUAUCGACAGAAUCUGACUGAGCGGUGAUUGCCUUGCUCUCUAAAAAUCGAGUAGCUGACAUGAUUGACAAAUAUAAACAAUAUGUAUUAUAAGCAACCUUGCAGCAUGUGGGCAAAUCACCUGAUACAAAUGACCUUAGAUAGAUAGGUUGUAUACCCAAUAUUAGAUAGGAUUCAGUUCAAUGCGCUAUAAGCCCCGCGUCCUAGUCAUUAUAGCUGAUUUUCUGAAUUCCGCUGACGAUUGUUUUAUGGUCUUCCAGUAUUUUAAGCAGUAGACGACUGAACUACGGAACGUAGUUAUACUUCAAUUUAAUUAAAAGUCAUUUAGUUCAGGUUUUAUUCCUGAUAGUUCACAACAUACCUUAGACGAUUUAGCACCGCUCUAGUUUAUUGCUAGCAUUAAAUGGGUGCUAAUUUAUACAUACAUUACGAUCUAGAAUGCUUUGAAUACAUUUUUAGUUUACUUUAGCGGCGCUAUAGCGGGUUUUAUGUAUUAUAAAAUUAUAAUUUCCUUCUAACAUCUAAUUACGUAUGUUUUGCUCUUCCUCAAAUGCUUGUCGCCUUUUUGAGUUGUUCACACUAUGAUAUAUAUCACUUGUAAUCUAUGGUGCAUAAAAUGUCCUCUGAAAUAAAAGGAUUGUUACGAAAUGUGUAGCGAUAGUUUAUGUGUGAGAUGUACUGUCAAAGAUCUGGUGUUUGAAAUUAUUCGAUACAAGUCGAGCUGUUGCAUCGACUUCGUUCGAAUAACCGGCAGCUUUUGCACGAUUUUAUCAACUUUUCGCUUUUUGAUCGAGUUUGGCUAAAAAUUUACUCCACUAAUACUAUCCAUUGCACCAAUUAUCACGUGAUGGGUAAGAAAGGGUUAUGAGUGCAGACAAGUGUCGAAAGAACGUACAAGUGUUGGUAUUCUCAUGGUAGGUACAAAGCUUAACAUAAAUAUUAUCAUUAUCUUGCACUAAACUAAUGCUACAAGUCUAAUAUUUUAAUUUUUGUGUAAGUAUCAAUAAACUAAUACCUACUGUGUUUAGAAUAUGAAGUUAUUAUUUAAUACGUAAAGAUGUAUUGUAACUUAGAGAUUAUAAUAUUAUCUAAACCCAGGGUGCUAUUGACUCGAGAAGGGUGUGUGUUGGGGGCCGGCGAUCGAUUCUCACGUGUCUAGCAAACAUUCUAAAACCUAAUUGGCAUGGUGUUAAACUCAAUAAAAUCUCUUGACAGUAAAGUUAUUGCCUCACUGACAAAAUCGAGGCAUUUCGUCAUUACUAAAGUGAUCAUAGAUUAUAGAUCGAGCCGCGCCCACCCCGCUGACACCAAACAGCUCUCGAAAUGCUGCAAGGACCAAUAUGUACAAGAGAGGUAGUACCUAAGUCGUAACUGAAGGUACCUUGACAGUCGGCAUUUACUCCGACAUGUAAUUAGUUGGUGUGUUACCACUAACUAUGUAAUUGUUGUGCAUUACAUAUCAAAUCGCUUGGAAACAGCAUGUUCUCAGUGUUGGAUAUUCACACACUUUGAGUAGAUACACAUGUCGGCUUCUUGAGCAAUCCCAGUGUAUGAUCGGCAUUUAAGAUAAUCACAUACAUGUUUGAUUCACUAAUAGCACCCUGCUCUUUGACGUUUGUACACAAUGCAACUAAAUGUUGAGUACAGCGUCAACUUGACUAUGAAUAUUUGGCUCUAACGCAAACGUUGCUUGUAAACUUAAAGAAUACAUUUUGUCUCGGCAAUUCAUUGUUCUGUGUAGUCAAUUUGUGAUUCCUUACAUCAUUUUCUUUACAAUUGACCUUCUAGUUCUGAUAAUCUGUUUUAGAUUAAAAUUAUUAUAUCUAUUUAUUAAAUCUUUCUCCUCUCAAAUGACGUUUCAUUUCCCUACCUUGUAGUGAUCGUAUCCUAAACGUUUCAG